UCAGCGCGGCCGCGAUGGCGCCGCUGCGCUGCUGCCUGCGGCUGCUCUGCGCUCUGGCGCUGACCCUCGGCCCCGCUGCCGGCGAGGUGCGCCGGCUCCUGGCGCUGGAGGCGCUGGGCGAGGCGGAGGAGCUGACGGAGGAGCUGUGGGGCGCGGGGCUGCCUGGCGACCUCCCCGAGCUGGAGCCCGAGUGCCGCCGCCUUCUCGUCGCCUUCGCGGAGCACAGCGCGGAGCUGACCGACUGCCUGGGCCGCCGCGCCCGCCCGGUGCGGCUCUGCCAGGCCUGCCACCGCUACUAUCACCGUCUCCUCGCACAGUACGGCAACAUCGCCCGUGCCGUCGGGAAUUCCUCUGAGAGCCACAACUGUGCCAAAAGCAUCUUGACCUCAGACAGGCUGCAGAUAGUUGUGACCCUUUCGGAGUUCUUUAAUGAAACCUGGGAGACAGCCAACUGUGCAAACUGUUUAAAGAACAGCAGUGAGGGAUUAUCAGAUUCUACUGUAGAAUUCCUGGAUUUGUUCAAUAAAUCCCUGACGUGUUUUGAACAUAACCUUCAGGGACAGACUUCUUAUCUGUCACCAAAUAACUACACAGAGGUGUGUAGAAACUGCAACGAAACCUACAGGAAGUUGAAUGAUUUGUACAACAACUUGCAGAGGAUGAACAGGCAAGGUGGUGAGUCUGGGCACUCUGCACACUUGUGUAUCGACGUGGAAGAUGCAAUGAACAUCACUCGGAAGCUUUGGAGCAGGACUUUCAACUGCUCCAUGCCCUGCAGUGACACGGUCCCGGUGAUUGCAGUCUCGUCCUUCAUUCUUUUCCUACCUGUUGUUUUUUAUCUCAGUAGCUUCCUUCACUCAAAGCAGAAGAAGAGGAUACUCAUUCUGCCCAAGCGCAUCCAGUCAAAUGCCAGUCUUGUGAACAUCCAAGAAAAAUACAGCUGAGCUGCAAAACAAAACCUGAGAGCUGCUGCUGCUGCUGUACAGUGGGUACAAUUGUGCUGGAAUGAGGCUGGCACAAAAGAGGAGUUAAUUAUGGUUUAGUGUAAUGAUAUGGAGCAACACAAGUUAAACAAAAUGCUGUCUGACUUCUAAGCGAGGAUAUUAACCAGGCAGGGCUGUGUGACACUGUAUGGACUCUGUGGUUUCCUUCAGCCUUGGGCUGAACCUGGUGUUUUUCUCUUUCUAAGCUUUUGUACUUCUCACCAAUAGCAUAACUACACUUCUUGAGUGGUGUUUUUCCUUAUUUAUCAUAUUUGUUUCACAGAAGACUGAAUUCCCAAUCUUUUUGGAAGUGGUUUUCAUAGGCAGGCAGAACUUGAAAUGAUAAUUUGAUGUCCUUGCCUGAAACAGUGUUUAAUUCCAAAGAAUAUCCAGUCUUGCCAGAGUCAGAAUUGACAGGAAACCUUAAAAAAAAGAUAGAAGGAAUAGCUUCUGGUUUUCUUAUAUUGGUCUGACCUCAUGCUUCUGGUAUCUGUUAAAGAAAAAGCAAGGCCAUAAAACAUGGAGAGAAGGUGGUAAACUACUGUGCCCAAAGCCAGCAACAGCACUGCCAAUGCAGAGUGGUCUUUGACUGCAAUGUUCAGCUGGCUCUGAAGCAGGCAACAGGUUUAGUCAUUUGCACACUUUAACCACUAAAAUAAUCACUUGUCAAAGUGUUACAUUUUCAGAGGCUUGUUUUGGAUGGCUGCAGGGGAAUGCUUCACUGUUUUUUCUGUUGUGUUAUUUCCUUUUUUUAAUUAUAAAGGUGUUUGAUGGGUUGGUUUGGUUGUGUUUGUUGUUGCUUUUGUGGAGAAGUGAGGUCAAAUCACUGGAGAUGCUCAAUUCCCUGCUUUAGCAUUUAUGGCUUAAUAAAGAGGAACUUGGCAGGGGAAAAGUUACCUUUUUAUUUUAGCAAUAAAUGAACCAAAGGGUUCUCUAAAGCUGUCCUGAAAGACAAUGAAGAUACUCUGUUGAGGAUUGCUGAUUUCCCAGAACUAGUUUAAAAUCAUCUGGCUUGUGACAUAGGUGAUCAUAAGCAAAUCCAAUCCAAGCUUGUAGGAUUCCAAAGCUGAUGGAGAAAAUCCUGUAGGGCUGCUCAGCAUUACUGACAGGCUGUGGGCUCCAUUCAACCACUGCAGCAGUACCAGCAGUCCAGUUUGGUUGUGAUAGUCCUGUUCUGGGAGAAUAGUGGAGUUGAGAUGAUUUAUAGCUAUAACUGAGGUUAAGGAAUGCCAAAGUCUUAGCUCUCAUUUCAAAUGUGUUGCCUGACUUUGAGGUGAAAAUGCAUGCCCACUACAGCUGAAAAAUUACAUUGAUCUUAGAAUCUCUGCCUGAUGUCUGUCAAAACACCCCAUGAAGUAGUCUGAUGUUACUUGGACUGGCUUUGGAGCCUAGAAUGUUAUUUUCUUUCCCUUUGCACUAAGGCUCAAAUGUAUAACACUGUAAAAACAAAAAAACUAAACCCAGUCCUGAGGGUCUUCAACUCAUUGUUUUUCUUGUUUGUUCUUUUUUUGUGGGUGGGUUGCUUUAAGUUAGGACAGAACUCAAAACUCGGAUUUUAAAGCCAGCUUGAGAGUAUGUUUAAUAUUACAUAAAAUGCUGUGUUAGUGAUGGGUCCCACCCACAGGAUUGCCUUUUUGUGCUUCAUCAGUAAGAAGCAUUUCCCUCCCUCUGUUCAACGUGUGAAUUUCUAAGUCAGCAGUCAGCUUCCAGCAAUAACAUCAAACCUUUUGCUGAUGACAUAAAGUUACCUUCUCGUGGCUGGCAGAGGAAAAGGUUUCUUUUUUUUAUAUAUAUAUAUCUAUUAUUCUUAAACUUCAACUUUCUAGGACUUAUUCAGCUGCCUGCUGCUAAUAGCAUUACAUUGAUUUGGGCCAUCAUAUGAUUGAGAGCUGCUGAAAGCAAUCUUUCAUUCGCGCCAGCUAAAGCCAGUUUGUAUGUGCAGCCUUUCGGAGGGGAACAGCUUUUCUACUGUAAGCAGUGGCUUUUUGAGCACAUUCAUGUUAAGUAGGUCUGAAAGUCAUUACUUUUGGAUAUGGUGGUUAAGCACUUUAAAAAAACCCCAACCCCAAACCCCAAGCAGAUAAUUGAAAAAGAUCAGCUUUCCUUCUUUUCCUGGCUGCUGAGCCAAACGGAAAUACUCAUGUGACUUUAAAGCAGCAGUGAAGGUUUACACUUGAGGGUUUUUUAACUAGCUACUAUUCUCUUUUCUUUUUCUUUCCUCUCCAACUUUGUACUACUAAUUUUCCUUGCCAUGAGUGUUAUAGUUUUGGGAGGGUAUUUAAUAUAUAGAUUGGAAUUCUCUUUGUACUCUGGUUCCUAGAGAAAUGUGGAGCGUGUGGAUUAUGUUGAAAGCAAACCUAGGAUUCUUCUGGCUGCUGCUCUUUUCAUCAUGAGUUUCUCUUUCUUUUGGCCUUUUUUGUGUUUUUUAUAGAUAUAUUAUAUAUAUUUAUAUAUAUUAUAUAUAAUAUAUACACAACAUAUAUAUUAUAUAUAAUAUAUUUACAUUAUAUAUAAUAUAUAUUCUUAUUAGUGAUACUAAAUAGGAUGAACUUUGAAAGUAGUGGUUUGUAUCUUUUUGUGCAAGUAAAAGUUUCUUACUGUGGGGGUAGCCUUUUGAUUUGUAUUUAUACUUCCUAGGAAGCCUCUAAACAUGGGAAGUCAGCUGGAAUAAAGAUUGUCAAUAAACAA